AUGCAUCCAUCUCACCACCCAGGUCGGAUUCUACGUCUGGAUUGUCCAACUUGUGAGUGGGAGGUGGAACAGCCUGAAGACGGGAAUGUGUAUAUGAGCUACGUGGUACGCCUCGAGUGUCUGAAGUCUGUCAAGUGGACGUCACCCAGCGGCACUGAUGAGCUUUUGCAUGCUACUGGUUACUUAGACUGGGCUGGAGAAGCUCGCUGCGUCUUUUGCACUCGCAACGAUGCCACAAAGCUUUGGGCAUGCAGCCCAUUCUACACGAAACGUCCUUUUACAAGCGAUGGCUUCACGGGGCGUUCCAUGAUCCAUUACAAGGACCCCAUCACCGAGUUGGAGCGUAUCAUCAUUCCAACAGGCAAGGAUGGUGUCACCCGGGGCCACUACGAUCCCAACAGCCCUAUCCGCGUGUCCUUCGACAAUCACAUUGAGUCUGGCACAGCAAAUCUUCCGCAGCGGCCACUCGCAGUAGCUGAAAUGGACGGCCAUGUGUACAUUGCUGUGGGCUCCCUCCUCAUGAAGCGAUCACAGGGAAACACGGAUGCAACCUGGACUACGGUUCUCGACAUGCUGCAACAUGAUACCUCGGUCACACAGGUGGACGAGUCGGUGGGCGGACCCCGUGGUCUCACCGCAAUCGACAAUCCCGCAAGCGCCAACGGUAAAUCAUUUCUGGUGGCAUGGAACCCAAACGGGCGCUCACAGGGCUGCAUUUAUCGGUUAGAUCCAAAGACGAACGCGGAUGGUUUCGAUGUGACACAGGAAAAGUGUGUGAAGCAAAUUAUGAGGGACAGUUACGAAGCAAAUGGGAAGUUUCCCUACGCACUUGCAGCAUACAACGACAUCCUAGCAGUGCCUGCAAGGAAUGGUGGCACGGUGCACUUCAUCGGUUUCAUGGUGCUGCUAUGGGGCCCGACUGCAUCUUCUCUUCCUGCGAAUCCUGGCCAGUGGAACGGGGAUGCAAGUGCGUCGUAUUGGGCAGGUGGUGGUUACAUGAUUCGCCGGUCGCUGUCACAGUAUGAAACGCGAGAAGUCGGUGGCAGGAGAUGCCGCGCAGACCAAGUCGAUCCAGUGCUCACAGCAGUUCGAGCAUAUGCCUUGUCCCCGUUCCCAGAACAGAGUGGUGUCUAUUUCGGCGGCUACGACUGCAAUUUCUUUACGUCAGACAACACGGCCUGGAUCUUCUGGGGUUCAGAUUGCGUCACACAGGACAUUCCAGAAGUCGCUGCCACUGGCUGUGAGCAGCCUGCCACCCCAGGAGCUACAUGCACCACGAUAGGCACAACUACAACUUCACAACAGCAAUCACCUGCUGCGGCGGGGAAUACAACGACGACAACAGAGGUUGUUGCAGACGAGACGACAGCUGGGACUACCGGCACAACGCCUCAGGUCAGUAGCACCACAACUGCAGAGGCUGCAGAGGAGGGCAACACAACGGCCACGACACUUGCAGUUGCAGACAAGACAACAACGCUUCAGGGUAUGCUCAGUGGCAGCUCACGGCUAUACUGCUGCCUCUACGUGCUUCCCUGGAUUCUGUUAUAUUUGCAGCGACUGCUUGCGCAACUUUAG